UGUUUAACAGAAAAAGAUAUUUGAAAAGCCUGCAAAAGGACAGUUCCCUCAAAAAUACAAAAUGUGUCGAUUAACUAAUGAUGUACAAUUAUUGUCGAGUCUGUAAAUGGCUACUUGAAGAAUGUAAAAAAAGAAGCUAUUUUGCCUUAGAGUCAUAUGACAGAAUGAUUCAGUGGUUGCAUUUGUAUUGAUGUGGUCUUAAAGCUCUCACAUGAUGAGCUCUCUUCCCCCUGUGAAAGGAGACAGGAUCAUCUGUGAACUCCCUUUGUACUUCACAAGGGAUGCUGCAGUGCACACAAAAGACGGCUUCAACAUUACUGUUAGAGAUGCAUGUCAGGAACAGAAUACAGGAUUGAAUGUAGCCAAAGUCAUUGUUGUUGGAGAUGUGGCAGUUGGAAAAACUUGUUUAAUUAAUAGAUUCUGUAAAGACACAUUUAACAAGACUUACAAAGCAACUAUUGGAGUGGAUUUUGAGAUGGAGAGAUUUGAGGUCCUCGGAGUGCCAUUCAGUUUGCAAUUGUGGGACACAGCAGGUCAGGAAAGAUUUAGAUGCAUUGCAUCCACAUACUACAGAGGAGCUCAAGCCAUCAUUGUUGUAUUUGACCUGAGCAAUUAUAACUCUUUGGAUAAUGCAAGAGAGUGGCUUGAAGAUGCCAUGAAAGAUAAUGACCCUUCUAGUGUUCUCCUCUUCCUUGUUGGAACAAAGAAGGAUCUUAGUCACCCAGAUCAGUUGGCACAAAUGGAGCAAGAGGCCAUUAGGCUAUCAGAAGAGAUCAGAGCAGAGUAUUGGGCUGUGUCUGCCCUGUCAGGGGAGAGUGUGAGAGACUUCUUUCUUCGGGUUGCAUCCCUUACGUUUGAGGCCACCAUAUUAUCUGAGCUGGAGAAGAACAAUUCUAGACAAGUUAGGGAUAUUGUCAAAAUCUCAAAUAACUGUGAUGAAAAUUUCAAAACCUUUAAGAAGAGUCAUUCCAAUUGUUGUCAUUGACUGAAAGUAUACUGUAUCAUCAAUGACUCAAUGGAUCAGAUCAAAGAGGAACAGAAAAAAGAUGACCCUGGACACUGACUUUGGGAUGAUGACGACUUCAUCAGGAUCUAUAGCAGAGGCCAAUUACAGUGGCAAGAAAUUGGCCCUUUAGAAUUAGCUGGUUUUCUGCAUUAAUUGGUCAUAAAAUGUGAUGUAAUCUUCCUCAAAGACACAAGUAUUUAAAAACACAAUGUGCACAAGCUAACAGACAAAAAUUAUAAUUUUUCAUGCCCUUAUUGAACACAUUCCAUUAAACAUUCACAGUGCUGGAUUUAAUAACUAGUCAAUCCUGCUUUGGAAGCAAUGACCUCCACCAAGUAUUUCCAGUAGCUGUGGAUUAGACCUGCAUAACGUUCAGAAGGAAUUUUGGAUCAUUCUUCUUGACAGAACUGCUUCAGCUUAGCCACAUUAGGAUGUCUGGUGUGAAUGGCUCUCUUGAGGUAAUUUCACAGCAUAACUAUUAGGAUAAGGACUGGCCUCUGACUGUGCCACACUACAAAAGGUGGGUUUUCUUUUUUUUAUGCCAUUCUGUAGUGGAUUUAUGUCGAUGUUUAGUGUCAUUGUCCUGCUGCAUCACCCAACUUCUAAGGAAGCUUCAGCUGGCACACAGCAACCCUGCCAUUAUCCUGUAGGAUAUCUUGAUGAACGUGGGAAUACAUUUUUCCCUUGAUGAUGGCAAGAGGUCCCGAAGCAGCAAAGCAGUCCAAAAUAACGAUGCUCCCUCCACCGUACUGCACCGUUGGGAUGCAGUGCCCUUUUUUACAACGUACUUACUGCUGCGUGUUCUUCCCAAAUGAUUCAAUUCAACAAUUCAAGCAGGGGAGGUCUUUUUUUUUUUUUUAACCUCAAUGAUCAUUCUGCAGUGUGCCCUUGGAGUCAUUUUGGCUCUGCAGCCACUUCUAGGAAGAGUAGCCACAGUACUAAAUUGUCUCCAUUUAUAGACAGCUUGUCUAACUGUGGACAGAUGAAUAUCUAAGCUAUUCUAGAUAACUUUGUAACCCUUUCCAGCUUUAUGCAAGCAACAUUUCUUGAUCACAGAUCUUUUGAGGUUGGUUUGUUUGUUUGUUUGUUUGUUUGUUUGUUUGUUUGGCGAGGUCACAACUUCAAAUCAGCAGAUGCUUCUUGUGAACAGCAAACUCAAAAUGUUUGAGGGCUUUUUAUAAGUCAAAGUUGCUCUAACCCACACCUCCAAUCUCGUUUCAUUAAUUGCAUGCCAAGGUUGUCAACUCCUGACUCUUAUUAGCAUUUGUUGACAUCAUUAGCAUUGUGGUAACAUACUUUUUCCAAACUACACUGAAUAUUUGAAUGCAUUCAAUAUGUACAAGAACAAUACAAUAAUUUGUGUUAUUAGUUAAAACAAUUUGUGUUUAUUCAAUAUUUUAACUUCGAUGAAUAUCAAACCAGAUUUUAAGCCAAAUUUAAAAUGUAAAUGCAGGUUAAUCACAUACUUAGUCUUGCCACUGUAUAUUAAGAAAUGGGGAAUUUCAACAAGCGAAAUUCUGAUUGUACUUAGAGGUGUAAUUAAUGAAACAUGGUUAUUUAUUGUACGAAUCAGUGACGUGUUGACAUCCUGUUGCCAAUCUAUUGUUAUUGUCAAAUUUAUUGAAUGAUUAUAUACAUUAUAAUUCCUUAAAUACCCUCCUGGUGGUUUGCAGUGAGACUUUUGUAAAUGGAGCCCUUGUUUUUGAUUGCAUCAUGAGUUUCUCUGACUAAUAUGAUACAUAUGCCAGCAAACCCAUGACUACAGGCUCCACUGCUGUCUGCAAGAACAUGAGAUUCCCACUGUGAGAUAAAUGGAAUGAUUGUAUGCCAAAAAUGGAAGACAGAUAUCAUUCAAGAACAACUGAACUAUUGCAAACAUUUUAUUCUAUAUGUGUCCAGCUCAGCUCAAGUCUUGCUUCAUAAGUAAAUGCAAUAUCAAAUGUUAUUAAAUGAUCUACAGAGAAUUUGCUUAUAUGAUUGUCAAAUGUAUUGU